AUGGCUAUAUACGUUUCCCGGCGAGUGGCAGUUGCGACUGCUUUCUGUCUUACGGUUCUAGUUGCAUGUGCUGCCCUCCGCAGCAUUAAUGAGGUGUCUAGUACGAGGCCGUUGGAGUUGUCGCCCGUGUUGGCUGCCUCGGACACAACAUUUUGUGAUGAAUCUCUCAGGUACAUUCCACCCACUGUUGUCCGUGCGUGGGAGGCGAGCGACUUCCUCAUUGCGCUCGGCAUCCCAUCUGUGGACAUGAAUGUGCGGCGGAGGCGCCGUGACCUCCAGCGUUCAACGCUCUGGACGUUCCCUGGAGUGGCGACGAAGCCCAACAACUUCACCGGUGCGAUGCUGGUGCUGUAC